GCCCCCGAGUUUAUAUUGAGGACUAAGCUGAGUAAAAUGAAAUGCUUCUUCAAACUCAAACCAACAGCUAAAAGCAAAGAUGAAAUAUACAUGGAAAUUAGUGCAAGAGUUGAAGCCUUCCCUGUUGAUGGUGCUAGCGCAGGUUGCAUAUGCUUCUGCAAACGUGCUUUACAAGCUCGCCAUAAAUGAUGGAAUGAGCAUUAUGGUUGUCACUGCCUACCGUCACAUUUUUGGAGCUGCUUUCUCUCUUUCUCUUGCUCUUAUUUUCGAAAGAAAGAACAUGCCAAAGUUGACAUGGAGGGUGCUUUCGAUGUCAUUUUUUUGCGGCCUAUUUGGAGGGAGUUUAGCGCAAAACCUUUAUUUCAUUGGCUUGGCUUGGGUAUCAGCGACAUUUGCUACAUCCGUUUAUAAUCUCGUUCCUGUGAUCACUUUUAUCUUCUCCGUUUUGUGCGGCUUCGAGAUGUUAAAUUUGCGAACCGCAGCUGCGAGGGUUAAGGUUUUGGGAUCGAUAAUAGGAAUUAGUGGGUCAAUGCUGCUCACGUUUUUCAAAGGGGGAGAAAUAAACAUUUGGACGUUUCACAUUAAUCUUUUGCACAAAAAUCAAAAUGGUCACAUAGCAACACUGCAUGCUGAUCACUCUGGAAGAAAAUGGCUAGGUGUUUUAUGUGGUCUUGCAAGUGGCUUCAGUUUUUCAUCAUGGCUCAUCAUUCAGACUAAGAUGAGUAAAGAGUAUCCAAGCCUAAGGCAUCAUUCAAGUACAGCGUUGAUGACCUUAAUGGCGGCAAUACAAGCCACCGUCUUUGCCCUAUGUGUAGAGAAGGAUUGGAGUCAAUGGAAGUUGGGUUGGAGUAUUAGGCUUCUAACUGCAGCUUUUUCGGGAAUUGUGGUCUCUGGAUUAGUGGUUAUUGUCACUACUUGGUGUGUACGGCUGAGAGGUCCAUUGUAUGCAUCUGUUUUCAACCCUCUCUCACUUGUGAUAGUGGCUAUUUUUUCUCCCUUGGUGUUGGAUGAAAACCUAUAUGUAGGAAGUUUAAUUGGAGCGUUGCUAAUUGUGUGUGGCUUGUACAUGGUGCUGUGGGGUAAAAGCAAAGAAAUGAGAUUGGAGUCAUCAGAAAAAGAGAAUUUUGAAGCGACUGCGGCUGUUGUCAUUACGACACUGGAUCAUGACAAUAGUGACUACGGCAACAAUAGCCACACAAUAAGUAGCUAGUAACACCAAUCACACUGUUACAAUAUGGUUUCACGAUGAAUCAUCGUGGAGUGGACAUGAUUCACUGAACAGCAGGGACAAUAACGUGAAAGAAGACAUCUAUAUAUGUAUCUCAUGAUAGUCUCAGGACCUAAAGAAUGUUGAAGUGGUAAUUAAUUGGGAUGCGUUGACGAUGGUACAUGAAUUAGGAUGUCUACGUUUAAUUACAACAAAACUCAAACAACUGCUCCUUCGUCUCAAAUUAACAAAUUAUCUGUGUUUUAGAAUUUGAAAACUUAAGUGAAAACUGCGAACUAUAUUAUUUUAUCCAUAUUUCAUCAAUAAGCAAAUCCAAUUCGAAAAUUAGGUUCCUUGAAAUGUUUUCUCUUAAUAAUUUUGGAUACUCAUCAUCUCCCUUGAUCUCUCAAGCGUUUAAAGUUAAUCUUCAGCACACACUCAAAUUCCUUAAAAUAAAUGUCUAACCACAUGGUUUGAAAAGUGAUCCAAUUGCCACUAUUUAUUUUGAAUACAUAUG